AUGGUCACCACAAGAAAAGGAAAGUAUGAACGUAAGGAGCAAGCACCAGAGAAAGCCAAUGGUACUUCAGAUACAGGCUUAGAAGGCGAUGACGGUUCCGAUUCGGAUGCACCCGCUGAGAUUUCCUCAAAACCUGGUCCAGACAUUCUCCUAGUGGACGGUCCUGAACAGGAAAUGAGUCUUUUUGAACAGGUGACCUAUUUGAUAUUCAUUUUGUGGCUUGUCUGUUCAUACACAUAUCUUAUAUGUUUUAUUGCUUGGGCACAAUUUAUGAUGAAGCGUUCGUUCUGAAA